AUGCGUUCUGAGACUGCUGGUUGCUGGACGUGUCGUCUUCGGCAUCUAAAAUGCGAUCUGCAUGCACCCGCAUGCAAAGAAUGUACCGACAGACAUGUUCACUGUCAUGGCUAUGGACCGAAGCCGUCAUGGAUGGAUGGCGCUUCCGGAGAGCAGAAAGAGCGUCAAAGAAUCAAAGCUGCAAUAAAUGAAAACUUUCGCCGUGUGAAGAAAUUGCAAGGUCGGGCUCGCCGAAGGGCUAGGGAGCAGUCUCAGGCAUUGUCGGAAUCACUAAUGAAUGCAGAAGCGCCGCGAGCAAUGAUCACGCCUCCUCAGCCUCCUUAUUCGCCUUGUUUAUCUUGUCAAACAGAUACUUCAAGGCAAAGCAUUGAGCCAGGAAUCAAUGGCACAAGACAAGAUACGAAUGAAGAUCAUAAUGAGGCCCCGCAAUCCCGAACUGAUUCCGAUGACCAAAAUUCCGAGCCUUGGGGCGGUCUCGAUUCGCGAGAGGCAUACCUUUUAAUGCAUUAUCUUGAUCAAGUUUUCCCAUGGCAAUUCCCCUAUCAUUGUUCUAGAUCUCGUCUAGGAAAUCGGGGCUGGCUUUUUCUGUUGUUGAUCCAGCGAGGACCUCUUUACCACGCUGUUCUCAGUUUAUCUUCACUCCACCAAGCUGCUAUACUCGGAACUGAAGAGGAAUUCCAGCAACAGCAAAAGGCAUUUGAACAUCACUCCAGAGCACUGCGGAAACUUUGUGAUAUCAUGAGCGAAAAGGGCGACCAGCUGCUGGAUGAUCAUCCACAAUUGGCAGAGUUCUUAGCAUGCAGCUUCAUGUUGAUCAGCUUUGAGGUCUUCCGGGGUGCCGAGCAUGACUGGCUCCUGCAUCUCGACGCCACUGCAUCUCUCAUGGGCCUUUUAUCACCAGAGGCUAUAUUUAACUCAGACUCGACUAUCUGUGAUCUUAGCUCAAUCCCAUUUUCUGAGCAGUAUCGAUCUCCAAAAAGCGGCAUGGUUGAAGGGCUGCAAUUUCUCACAGUGGCCGUGAUUUGGUCUGAUAUCUUCGCCUGUGUUGCAACCGGUCGAGCGCCACGACUUCCCUAUCAACAAUGGCUUCGGAUUCAAGGUCUCAACACUGCAGAUCUGAUGGGCUGCGAAAAUUGGGUAAUGGUUGUUAUAGGCGACCUCGCUCAUUUGAGCAUCUGGAAGGAAAAGCAGGAAGAGGAGGGUAUGCUGAGUAUCCGAGAACUCGCGAGCCGUGGUAAAGAAAUCGAGCGGUGCUUGGAAGGCGGUAUCCAGGACCUUGAUUUGGCACGAUGUGUAGGUCUACUAUUCUUGAUGAUCUGA